AUGUCAACGAUGAAGAUAGAUCAUAUUGAUGACAUGAUUCAGAGUGUACGAACCUUGAAGUUGUUCGAUAUUGAAAGUGUGAAACCAACAUUGGUAUUGAUAACUGAUGAGAACGAUGCUGAUAAGGAGAUCAAGAAUGAAGAAAGAAGAACUAACUAUUUGGCUGAUCAAAAGGAUUGGAAGGCCAGGAAGAACGCGUUUGAUAACAAUAAACACAAUGUCUAUGGAAUGAUUAUGAAGAUGUGCACCGAUCAUAUGGUGGACAAGCUUGAGAGAAGCUGA